AUGCUAUCCUCCGUCUCCUCCCGACUUCUCCGCCGGUCCCGUUUGCCGCAAUGCUGGCAGGCGCAAGGCUACUUCCGAUCAAAUAGCGCAUUGUCGACACUCGUUCGGACACAAUCAUUGACUACAACAAAAUACAUCCGGCCUGUCCGCCUACAAACACCGAGUCCGUCUUUGCAACUCGUACCGAGGCGCAAUUCGCAGGUACAAGCGGUCGAUCAGAAUACACAGAAUGCCAACCCAGCAACACAUUAUAUUCCACCGCAAACGGGGCUGAUUGCGUCCUUGCCCAAGUCAUGGAUUCCGUACGCCGAAUUGGUCCGGCUGGAUAAACCGGCUGGCACAUACUAUCUCUUCUUCCCAACGCUCUUCUCCACACUGCUCGCCGCUCCGAUGGCUGGCGCGGCACCAACACACGUGCUGGGAACCGUUGCGCUCUUUUUCACUGGUGCGCUGAUCAUGCGUGGUGCAGGCUGUGCCAUCAACGACUUUUGGGAUAGGAAAUUGGAUCCUCAAGUUGAACGAACGAAGUUCCGGCCAAUUGCGAGAGGCGCAAUCUCUCCCCAGAACGCCUUGCUCUUUACUGGCUCUCAGAUGCUGGCAGGACUCGGUGUUCUGGUUUCCUUCCCCACACAAUGCAUUUAUUACGGUGUUCCAAGUGUGCCUCUAGUGAUUGCCUACCCGCUGGCUAAGCGGGUGACCAAUUAUCCCCAGGUGGUCUUGGGUUUGGCCUUCUCCUGGGGAGCUAUGAUGGGAUUCCCUGCCCUCGGCGUGGAUUUACUCUCUAAUCGUGAUGCUUUGAUGGCAGCGGGAGCUCUGUAUACCAGUUGCAUUUCAUGGGCUGUUCUCUACGAUAUGAUUUAUGCACACAUGGAUAUCAAAGAUGAUGUCAAGGCCGGGAUCAAAUCCAUCGCUCUGCGUCACGAAAAGAAUACCAAGGCUGUACUUAGUGGUCUAGCCGUGACACAAGUCGGCCUGCUGGGCGCGGCUGGUGUCGCUGCAGGAUGUGGCCCCGUCUUCUUCGUUGGCAGCUGCGGUAGUGCCAUUCUCACCCUCGGCAUCAUGAUCUGGAAGGUUCAGUUGAAGAACGUUCGGAACUGCUGGUGGUGGUUCGUGAACGGAGGUCUCCUAACGGGCGGUGGUAUCUCGUUGGGACUCCUUGGUGAGUAUAUCACACAAUACCUGGGUUUGUACAAUAGCAAUGAUUCUUCCGAGUCCGAGUCAACGCAAUGA